GAAGUGGAGCAAUGUUUUGCAACUAUUUGGUUGAAGAAGACAUUUUUGUGACUACAUUGUUAACUAUUAUAUCAAGUCGAGAGAUCUAAUAAUUUUAUUUCAUCUGACAAGUCUAUGUGAUCAACUUGUGAGUUGUUCAGACAUAAUUUAGUUCAGAGUUAAGUUUGGAAAUAAAAGAAGAAAAAUAUGAAGGUUCUAUUAUUACUUUUUCAACUCAACUUACUUAACUAUGCCGUCAGUUUUGUUGUACGAAAAACAAAGAUAUAUCCUUCAAAACCAACUGGUUUUGUUAAUAACUUAGAACAGCAAUCUUCAAUUUUGGCAGCGGGCGAUAUUAAAUAUACAUUUUUAGCCGACAAUCAAUUUACGAUCGACGAUGAAAUACCCAGCAUUGGAAAUUUAAUCAAAUCGCUAAGAAUACCAGGAUUCAAUGUUUAUCAUAUAGUUAUCAAUCGUGAUGAUACAGGAAAUUAUGAGAACGCUAAAUCAUAUACAAAAUUAAAAACACAACCAGAACAUAUACCAGAAAAUGAUCACCCAGGCACAUACUUAUCCAAUAUUGAAAUCGAAAAAAGAAAUGAUAGCGAAGCUCUUAAUUACAACGAAAUAAAUAUGGUAAGCAUCAGAUUCUGA